AUAAUCUUGUAUUAAACCUUAACUUAUGUUUUCUUUUCAAUUAGCGUUUCUUUGGAAUGAUAAGACAAGGAAGUGGAAGCAAUUCUCAUCCCACAACAGUACAGUUCUUAUACCUGUACAGACUGAUGACUGUGUACAGUUUGGUUCGUCCUCCCAAACGAGCAUCAGUUCAAACUGAUCCUGAAUCUAUCCUUAUUACUUUAAAAAAUCUUCUUCAUAGUCAUAAAAAAACAUUUAAAGAAGUUCAAGAACAAUUGGAAGAACAUUUAGAAAAUUUGCUUUGUGAUCCAAGCCUAUACUAUGGAGAUCCUAGUGAUAGUGAAUUAUUAGAUCAUGAUUAUUGUACACCAGAAACAUUUAAGUUUAUCCUACAUUAUUUAGAAGAUUACAUUGUUUAUCGUCUACUGCCAUCACUCGGUUGUGAUGAAUGCAAAAAUAUAUUAACAGCAAAACCCGAGGAUGCUGCACCAGAGAAGGCAUUUACAUUCAUCAAAUCUCGAGGAGGUUUGUUAUAUCCAAGCUAUAAGCUUUGCCAAUUGAUGUACUGGUGUUGCUGUCCGCCAUUUUUGUCUAUGUAA